CAGGGUUAUCGUUCAGCCAUAACCCGAUUCAUUCUGGAGCGAGAGAAUGACUGUUUGUCAACAAAAACGUUCGAGGAAUAAUAAAUCAAUGGAUUAGUAUACGCAGAUAUCACUGCAUACGUUAUUCUAGACUAAUAGGUAAAUUGGGUGACCAUGAAGUUGCUUCAUAAAGACAUCGAAAAGGAUAAUGCCGGCCAGGUGACCCUGAUACCCGAGGAGGCAGAGGAUAUGUGGCACACCUACAACUUGGUGCAGGUGGGCGACAGCCUUAGAGCCUCUACCAUCAGGAAGGUACAGACCGAGUCAUCCACGGGCAGUGUGGGAAGCUCGCGUGUGCGCACCACGUUGACGGUGAGUGUCCAGGCCAUUGACUUCGACUCUCAGGCCUGUCAGCUGAGAGUGAAGGGCACCAACAUCGAGGAGAACCAAUACGUUAAGAUGGGGGCCUAUCACACCAUCGAGUUGGAGCUCAACAGGAAGUUCACUCUUGCCAAAAAAGUCUGGGAUAGUGUGGUGCUGGACCGAAUCGAGCAGGCGUGUGACCCCGGCCAGAAAGCAGACGUGGCUGCUGUGGUAAUGCAUGAGGGCCUCGCUAACUUAGUCCUGGUGACCCCUGCCAUGACCUUGCUGCGAGCCAAAGUAGAGGUCACCAUUCCACGCAAGAGGAGAGGCAGCUGUGCCCAGCACGAGAAGGCGCUGGAGCGGUUCUACGAGGCCGUCAUGCAGGGCAUUCUACGACACUUUAAUUUCGACGUGGUGAAGUGCAUCCUGGUGGCUAGUCCGGGCUUUGUGAAGGACCAGUUCAUCACGUACCUCUUUAAAGAGGCUGUGAGACAGGACUGCAAGGUGCUGCUGGAGAACAGGCCCAAAUUCAUGCUGGUUCACUCCUCUUCGGGGCACAAGUACUCGCUCAAAGAGGUCCUGUCUGAUCCAGCGGUUACCAAUCGUCUGUCUGACACAAAGGCUGCAGGUGAGGUUAAGGCCUUAGAGGACUUUUAUAAGAUGCUACAGCAUGAGCCUGACAAGGCCUUCUAUGGCUUGGCGCAUGUGGAAAGAGCAAGCGAAGCUUUAGCCAUCGACGUCCUCCUGAUCAGUGACAAACUGUUCAGACAUCAAGACAUAGCGACCCGGAGCCGUUACGUCCGCUUGGUGGACAGCGUGCGGGACAACGGUGGGACUGUCAGGAUAUUCUCGAGCUUGCAUGUGUCUGGAGAACAACUGACUCAGCUGAGCGGGGUGGCCGCCAUCUUAAGAUUCCCCAUUGCUGACCCAUCCGAUGCAGAGGAAGAGGACAGUAGCUCUGAUGAAGCCUGACCUUGGAAUUCUGUUCAGCUGUGAUCUUACCAACAGCAUCAUCUCACUGACAACAGCAUGAAACGUCAUCAUCAGGACCCCACUACAGGGUUUAUACACAACUAUUUUCCAAUUAUGACUGAGUAACGUGCCUUUAAUACCCACGGUGGUUAAAAUAUCAGCAAGGGUCUUAAACAUCAUUUCCCCGUAUACCAGACAUCGGUGUGAUCCGUAGACAAGCGUCUGUAGCAGAGUCGCACUACUGCUGUCUGGUUCCACAUAUCAUUAAGUCUUAAGUGGGGUGAAUUUGACUCUGAAUAACUGAACCACAGAAGAGCGGAAUGUCCAAGUGUGGCUAUUCACACCUGUGUCUUGUGACCCAGCCCACCAUGUAGCUAAGAGCUAUGGUGCCUUCAGCUGGGGGUAGUCUGUGGGGUGUAGCCAUGGUUUGUGGGGAGGGGCUUUGCAACACACAAAAUGAACAAGGAACAGCAACAGAAAAAAGCAACAAAGCUUUUCAGCAUUUUUGUUUGACCAAGUUUCAGGUCCAGAGGGUGGGGUGAAAUGUAUUACUGUUUUCCAUAACAGGUUAAUCUCACCAACAUAUUUGGAACCUUAAUAAACUUGUUAAAAAGAGGGUCGUCUGGUAUCUGGGUGCCAAAUAUGGACUUUGCAAAAAUGUAAUUAUAUUCACCAAAUUAAUUUUUUUGUAGCACUUUUUCAUUUUGAGUGUAUAUAAGCGUUACUUUGAAUAAAUUGGUUGCAGGUGA